AGUUUUGGAAAACAGAAGAAGAGUAUCAGAGUGAAUGGAUUGCCAUUAAGUUCUUAUCAUAUUUUCCGUUUGAAAAUUUUAUUAAAACCCGGAAAAUGGCUUGAAACUGUGUAAAGCAAUGCAAUAACAGGUGUCUUACAAAUAACACGGUAAAAUUUCACCAAAGCACUUGUAAAGACUUAAGUGUAAAAGGGUAAAUAAUUAUAAAUAUCAACAAAGUGCUGACCUCCUUCCGCUCCAACAAUUGUAAAUGAUAAACUUGCGCGAUAAAAAACAAAGCAAGGCAAAAUAUUGGUGGCGUAGAAUACUUUUUUAUCAGUCAAGCCUGCCACACAGUGCUACAGCAUAAUCCCAUAUACCCACAAACUCCCUGAGAUAAUUGAAAUGUGAAAAGUUAAUUGAGUCAACCACCGAAACUAAUUGCUUUUACAGCACACACACACAACUCCGCCCUUGAAGCGUUUGCAUUGUAGCGGCAGUGACGUGCAAAGGAAGCACAGCAUUAACUUUUAGUCGGAAAAAUUAUGGAAUUCGCGGAUCUCAUUAAAACGCCAAAGUUAGAUGGAGUAUUUCUACACGAUCAUCUGCAUGCAACAGUUGAAGGGACACUGUGCAUUACAGGCCAUCACCUGCUGUUGAGCGCGCGACAGGAGAAUAGCCAAGAGCUAUGGUUGCUGCACAAGAACAUCGAUUGCGUGGAGAAAAAACCAUAUAUGGUUCAAAAUAUGGUGAUGGGCGGCAUCAUUACGUUAAAAUGCAAAGAUUUACGCAUCAUUUCAUUGGAGAUUAAAUAUGCUAAGGAAUACUUUAACGUAGCAGCGUCAUUGGAGUCGCUCAGUGCGCUACACGACCCUGAGCUAGAAUAUCCGUUUUUCUAUCGGCCAAUGUAUACUAUACUUGAAGAUGGAUUUACCAUGUUUCGACCCGAACUAGAGUUUGCGAAACUAAUUUCCGGUACUGCCUGUAAUCUACUAAACGGUAAUGAAAACGGCAGUGGUGGUGGCACAAUACCUGGCGCUGUUGGUGGCUGUGAAUGGCGCAUUACGACAGUUAACAAAGACUUCAGUGUAUGCCCAUCAUAUGGCACAAUACUUGUUGUGCCCAAAUCUAUUACAGACGAACAGAUUAUACAAUCGGCUGCGUUUAGGGAUGGUGGCCGAUUUCCGGUACUAAGCUUCAGGCAUGAAAAUGGGGCCACCCUGAUGCGCAGCGCGCAACCACUCUCCAUACAAGGUAUUAAACGUUGCCGGGCCGAUGAAGCAAUACUUAACGUUGUGUUGGGACGCAGUAAAAAAGGCUUUAUAGUCGAUACUUGGGGAAAAGGCAAAUCGAACACCGAAACCGACCAACACUAUUCGCAAUGGAAGAAAGUGAAUCGUGCCAUUGGCAAUGUUUCAACUCCUUCGGCGAUUUUGGAUAGUUUUGCCAAACUUAUUGAAGCCUGCAAUGAUAUAAACUGUUCGCCUGACAAAUGGCUAUCGCGGUUAGAAGCAAGUGGUUGGCUAAGCCUUGUAUUGAAUUCACUGAAUGCCGCAUGCGUAGUGGCACAAUGCCUAGAUCAGGAAGGUAGUCCGGUGCUGGUGCAUGGUUCUAAAGGUUUGGACUCCGCGCUGAUUGUGACAUCGCUAGUGCAAAUUAUACUUAAUCCUGAUUGUCGUACCGUACGCGGAAUACAAGCAUUAAUUGAACGUGAGUGGAUACAGGCAGGUCAUCCGUUUGCGUCGCGUCAUCGUUAUGCCUGUUAUACCCCGGCGCAGAAUCGUCCCAAGAACUCCGGUGCCUCAUUUGUGCUAUUCCUAGACUGUAUUUAUCAACUUUAUACACAAUUUCCAUGCAGUUUUGAAUUUAGCUCGCAAAUUUUAAUCUUACUGUAUGAACACAGUUAUUUUUCCCAAUACGGCACAUUUUUGUGCGACUCCGAACGCGAGCGUCACGAGCUGGGCGUGCAUACGCGUACCACGAGCCUCUGGUCUUACCUAAAUCGACCAGAUGUGCUGAAGAAUAUGUUGAACCCAUUGUACGAGCCGAAUCCAAGUGUUAUUUGGCCGAGCGUGGCGCCGAUCUCAUUAGAACUCUGGAGUGAACUGUAUCUGCGCUGGACCAUUGAACAAAAGAAUAGCACACAAACUAUGCAACAAAUACAAGAACUGGUCACACGGGAAAAGGAAUCGCGCGCGAACGCUAUAAGAUUGCGUAAGCAAGCCGCAGACCUGAGCCAUGAAAUGGAGGAACUAAUAAUGGCUGAUUGAUUAACGCAAUCUCAUGAAACACAUGUAACGGCAGGGGCUGCUAUAUAUCGUGUUGAUCACAAAUCUACAGUUAAUUACAAAUACCGUAAGUAAUCUUUGCUUCUUCGUUAUUUGUAAAGAAGGGAAUCGUUGAUUUAAAUUCGAAAUUUAAAUGUUCACUGUGCUCUCUAAGUGUCUCUCUAAAACGUAUGUUUUUAUAAAGAAUUGGAUGAUUUUAGACACUACAUGUACCACGGCGGGGUGCACAUAGGCAAAUUGAGUCAAUUUAUGACAAUUUUUUAUUGUAAUUACAUAAAUAUAAGUUUAUACUUAGGCUAAUAAUAAAUGUAAAUUAAAGUGAAAUUCUUUUCAGGAAGAGAAUUCUAAUUAAAUCGAACAAAUACAAUUGUUAAGUGAUUGAAAAUUUAUUAAAAGCAAUGCCAAAAGCAUCACAUUGAGAAAACUGAAUGGAACAGGUUGCAUUAAAAUUAUAUAUUUUUAAUAAUUCACUGCUAAAGUUAACAACCCGCAUAUGCGGCGUACUUUCGAACAUCAUAUAAUUGGGUUUAAACAAUCAAAAGA